AUGAAGUUCUUCACUGCCGCCCUCGCUUUGGCCUCCGCCGCCAACGCCCACACUCUCUUCUCCGAGCUGUACAUCAACGGCGAGUCCCAGGGCGAUGCCACCUGCAUCCGCAUGCCCAAAGAGGGUGAUACCGCCACUUCCCCCGUUGCCGGCUUGACCAACCAAGAUAUGGCUUGCGGCAAGGACGGCCAGAUCGCUGCCGCGUACACUUGUGCCGCCCCCGGCAGCGCCAAGCUGACCUUUGAGUUCCGCCAGUGGCCCGACAAGCGCCAGGAGGGAUCCAUCGACCCUUCUCACAAGGGCCCCUGUGCUGUGUACAUCAAGAAGGUCGACGACAUCGCCACGUCGGCCGCCGCUGGCCCCGGCUGGUUUAAGAUCUGGGACGAGGGCUACGACGAGUCCACCCAGCAGUGGUGCGUCGACAAGCUCAUCGACAACAAGGGUCUCCUUACCGUUGAGCUUCCCUCUGGUCUCCCCGCAGGCUACUACCUCGUCCGCCCCGAGGUGCUCGCCCUCCACCAGGCCGUCAGCUUGAAGGACCCCCAGUACUACGUCGGCUGCGCCCAGAUCUACAUUCAGGACGGUCCCUCGGGCUCCCUCGAGAUUCCUUCGGAGUACGCCGUCAGCAUCCCCGGCUACGUCGAUGGCUCCGAGCCCGGCAACACCUUCAACCUCUACGACAACCCCAAGUUCCCCUACCCCGUCCCCGGCCCCAAGCCCUACAGCCCCACCGGCACCUCCAUGAGCGCCAAGGAUGUCUCCUUCAAGGGCGGUGUCCCCAGCGACUGUCUACUCAAGAACGCCAACUGGUGCGGAAAGGCCGUCGAGAGCUACACCACUGAGACGGGCUGCUGGGCCGGCGUCGACGCCUGCUACCUCCAGGGCAACGAGUGCUUCGAUUCCGCGCCCCCGACCGGCGCCGCCAACUGCUACGUCUGGAACGACAAGAUGUGCAAGGGUCUUGAGGCCCAGUGCAGGGCUAAGAACUUCAACGGCCCCCCUCAGAUUGACAUGGAGGAGAAGACUACCGCCGCCCCCGGCCCCCUUCCCGUCGCCGUCAACCUGAACCUCCUCGGUGGCUCUUCCAGCUCCAACACCGGCUCCGGCUCUGGCGCUGCUUCCUCUGCCCCCGCCCCCAGCCCCUCCAAGACUGCCGUCGCUUCCUCCGCCGCCCCCGCCGCCUCUUCUGUGGCUGCUACCCCUGUGCCCGAGUACGCCGCCGAGGAGCCCGUCGCCACAAGCAAGCCCGUCGCCACGGUCGCACCCGUCUCCUCCGCCGCCCCCGUCCCGGUUUCGUCUACCGUUGCCGCCCCCGUCCCCUCUGCCACCAACGGCUUGAAAAUCUCCCCCGACGGAACCUGCGGUGGCGAGACCGGCUUCACCUGCCAGGGCAGCGAGUUCGGCUCCUGCUGCUCCAUCAGCGGCAAGUGUGGCAGCAAGAUCCUCCAGUGCAGGCCCUCCUGCGGCUGCCAGGGCAAGUUCGGUCUCUGCCUCGAGGCCAGCAGCCUCCGCAAGAGCAAGCACAACUGA